AUGCAUGAUGGGAAUGGUUACGUAGGAGUUUGUCGCGUAGUUGCCUUAGGAAGGGAAGGAAAAGACCAGUCCACGUGGAGGUCGACAUCUCGGGGUGAAGUGGCACGCCAAUUACCACGUGGGCACCGCAACUUCACGCACCAUGUUCUUUCUCUGGGAUGCAUCAAACACAUUGGUGGUCAUAUAAUAUAUGACUUUCUUUUUAACAUCUUCGUCGACUACAACAACUUCUUCGUUGACUAA